AUGCCUGCAGCCAUCAUUCGAGAAACCAUGGUCCAAGACCUUCUCAAUUUCAUCCGCGAAGUCAUCCCCAUAAUCCACGAAGCCAGCACGGAACUCCUCGAACUAAUCCUCGAAAACAACCCUAGCACCUCCAGCGUCGCAACAUCUCACCGCCGCUGGAUACACAUAAACCUCAUGCGACAACUCCUCCCACUAGAAGAAGAAGAGCGCCAAGAAUGGUUAAUCGACCUAUUCAGCGGUAGACAAAACACCGUCGAGUAUUUUGCUGAAUCAAUGCUUUUAAAUGGAGUCUGGACCGAAUCCGAAGACGAAAAUGGUUUUCUCAUAUACAACAUGCAUCGACUCAAAGAGAUAAAUUUCCGCAACUGGCUUCUCCGACCCGAAAUCCAAGAAAUAUACAACAACGAAGUCCUAGACCUUCUUCCCCACAUUCCUAAACCCAGUAUCGAGGGUUCAGAUUACAUAGCCAAGAGAGGAUCUAAAUCAAGAUAUAAAAUCGUAUUCCCAGAUUGGAAACAAGAGAUCAUUAGUUUGAAGAAAGAACUCGCGCUUUCGCAAUCACGGGUUCAGGAGUUGAGGGAGAAGUUACGGAGGGCUAAUCGUGUUAUAGCGUCCCAGGUUAGUGUGAUUGAGUAUAGGGAUAAACAGUUGAGGGGUGCGGGUGAAGAGGUGUAG